AUCGCUUAUUCCCAACACUUCUCUCUCCCUCCCUCUCUCUGACAUAGGAAUCACUGGUGUUAGUCUUGGGGUUCUUGGGCUUUGGGUUGAUUCCACUUUCCACCAUUUCCAUUCCACUCGGCUAUUUGAUUUUAAUACUAGUGUUUUAUAGUUGUUAUUUGUCUACCAAUCUCUCGCUGUUACUUAACUAGAAAUAUAUGCGCAAGAUUUCGUUGUGCUUUUUUCUUCCUUCAGUAUGGCUCUUUUUAGCAGAAAGUUUUGAGGUUACUGCUAAAUGCUUCUUGCUAUCCUUUUUGGCAUUUUGGUCUGUUGGAGAUAAUGGUAGUCGUGUGCACACAUUGAAGCAGAUCUUUUAAUGAAUGAUCAUUUCAUUUCAUUCAUUGACCUCAGUUUUCUUCUAUGUGAAAUGUGUAAGAGUUGUACUUGUGUUUUUGGUCAUGCCUUUCAGCAAGAUUAUCUGAGAAGAGUCCAACCCGCAAUUGAAGAAUGAAUCAAGCUAAAGUAAAGCGUCGUGUGGGUAAAUAUGAGGUGGGAAGAACAAUUGGCGAGGGGACAUUCGCCAAAGUGAAAUUCGCUAGAAACUCGGAGACUGGGGAACCUGUGGCUCUUAAGAUUCUCGAUAAAGAGAAGGUUCUCAAACACAAGAUGGCUGAACAGAUCAGGCGGGAAAUAGCAACAAUGAAGUUAAUAAAGCAUCCAAAUGUCGUUCAACUAUAUGAGGUAAUGGGGAGCAAGACGAAGAUAUUCAUUGUUAUUGAGUUUGUCACAGGAGGAGAACUAUUUGAUAAGAUUGUAAACCAUGGACGGAUGAGGGAAGAUGAAGCACGCAGAUAUUUCCAGCAGCUUAUUAAUGCCGUUGAUUAUUGCCAUAGCAGGGGUGUUUAUCACAGAGACCUGAAGCCAGAAAAUUUGCUGUUGGAUGCUUAUGGAAACCUUAAAGUUUCCGAUUUUGGAUUGAGUGCCCUGUCCCAACAAGUCAGGGAUGAUGGCCUGCUUCACACCACCUGUGGGACACCAAAUUAUGUUGCUCCUGAGGUUCUUAAUGAUAGAGGCUACGAUGGGGCAACUGCAGACUUGUGGUCAUGUGGAGUAAUACUCUUUGUAUUGCUUGCAGGUUACUUGCCUUUUGAUGAUUCUAAUCUUGUGAACCUGUAUAAAAAAAUUUCAGCUGCUGAAUUUGUUUGCCCUCCAUGGCUCUCUUUUGACGCCAUGAAAUUAAUAACCCGAAUCUUGGAUCCCAACCCUAUGACUCGUAUUACUAUACCUGAAAUUUUGGAAGACGAAUGGUUUAAGAAAGACUAUAAGCCCCCUGUAUUCGAGGAAAAAGAGGAUACAAAUUUGGAUGAUGUGGAAGCUGUCUUUAAAGAUUCUGAAGAGCAUCAUGUGACAGAGAAGAAGGAAGAACAGCCAGCAGCUAUGAAUGCAUUCGAGCUAAUUUCAAUGUCAAAAGGGCUAAACCUUUCGAAUUUGUUUGAUAUUGAACAGGGAGAAAGAGAAGAAAAGAAAGGGCUGUGUGCAUAUUAUGUAGCGAAUAUCUCCUUCCUUUGUAGGCAGACCAUGUAUCUGGGAUUUAAGAGAGAAACGAGAUUUACAUCUAAAUGCCCUGCCAAUGAGAUCAUCAACAAGAUUGAAGAAGCCGCAAAGCCUCUUGGUUUUGACGUACAGAAGAAAAACUACAAGAUGAGGCUUGAAAAUGUGAAAGCUGGAAGAAAGGGAAACCUUAAUGUUGCUACAGAGAUAUUUCAAGUGGCACCUUCUCUUCAUAUGGUUGAAGUUCGGAAAGCAAAAGGGGACACUUUGGAGUUUCAUAAGUUUUAUAAAAGCCUCUCAACCUGCCUGGACGAUGUUGUCUGGAAAACGGAGGAAGACAUGCAAGAAAUGAAGUAAAUUCCUGUGUCCACUUCAAAGUAUUGUCCAUAACGAUUUGUUCACAUUGUACCUUGCAAAAUGUUGUAUUGUUCUAUGUGUUUAUUCUUUUCUGUCCUCCUUUCUUUCCUUUCUCCAUCCACCUCUUCCCCCUUUCUUUAGUUAGACAAGGUGUUAUCGAUUGUUUUCCAUGUUAUUAUUGUUGGAAAGCAUGGACAGCUCCCAUAAAGGAUCAAUGUUUGUCUCACUUGAAACAGAACUAUCUUUAUUUGAUACUAUAAAUGAGAAUGAUGUGUUUUUUCUCA